AUGGGAGGGGUAUGCGAUAAGUACGUGCUCACGAGUGAGGCUAACUCUCUGACAUCAGAAACAUCACAUCAGAUGAUCAGUCGUCAGAUCGACAAAGUCUUCGGUCGGUAUCAUCACUACUCUGCCAGUUAUCUGUGGUUACACAGCGUGCGGUCGACCAUCACCAGCACAUCCACGCCCAGCAAACACAUCGCCAUCAGUAGGCAUGUCAUCGAUUUCGACGAACUCAACCAAAAGUACGGCAAACGAGUGCACCCGCCGGAGAGCAUCGGUAGGAAAGUGAGCCAAUCGGUGAAGAAAUGUAGCAAAAGUUGUUCGCCUUUUGGCUUUUUCUUGCGUCUCUUUCCGAUCAUUAAUUGGAUUAAAAGUUAUUCAAUAAAAGAGUAUCUAAUCAAUGAUGUGAUCGCCGGCUUCACUAUAUUAAUACUACACAUACCGCAAGGCAUGGCGUAUGGUAUGCUUUCGGGCCUGUCCGCUAUCAACGGCCUGUAUGUAUCCUUUUUCCCGGUCCUCAUCUACUCACUAAUGGGAACCUCAAGACAUCUAUCAAUUGGUAAAUAA